AUGCGUUCCAUUGCAUCUUCGAAAAGGGUUUGCACUCGCUGUCUGAGCCGUUCAAGGCUCUUCUCAACCACUGUACAGUACCGCUCUCAGCCAUCGAGCGAUGCUGUCCCUUCUUCCCCGCCGCAGUCCGGGUAUGCUCGACUUACGAACCGGGGUUUGAUAUCGAUCACAGGCGUUGAUAGCACUACAUUCCUUCAAGGUCUAACUACUCAGAAUAUGCUAGUUGCGAACGACCCGAGCCGCACAACUCGCCGAACGGGGACCUACACGGCUUUCCUGAACUCCCAAGGUCGAGUGUUGAACGAUGCAUUCAUCUAUCCGAUGCCCAGAGGAGACAGCGAGACCGCUACAACUGAUGACCCGGCAUGGCUGGUCGAAGUGGACAAAAACGAGAUAUCCAGUCUCCUGAAGCAUCUUAAGAAGCAUAAGCUUCGAUCAAAGUUGAAGCUCCGUGCGCUGGAAGACGGUGAACGCACCAUCUGGUCGUCAUGGAAAGACCAUGCUGAGCCCCGAUGGGCGGCGUAUAACCUGGAAUCGGAAUCAUCCUCGCCGUUCUCACCCUCGUCAACCGUUGCGGGAUGCAUCGAUACCCGGGCUCCGGGUUUCGGAUCUCGGCUUGUCACGCCUGGCGAGGAGGACCUGCGCAUCCAUCUACCGGAUGAGACUCAGGUUGCCGGCUCCGAGGUCGAUUUGGGCACGUACACGGUGCGGCGGAUGUUGCACGGUGUAGCGGAGGGCCAGGGCGAGAUAAUCCGCGAGUCUGCGCUUCCCCUCGAAUGCAAUAUGGACAUGAUGCGGGGGGUUGACUUCCGCAAGGGCUGCUACGUCGGCCAGGAGCUUACGAUCCGUACCCAUCAUACGGGGGUUGUGCGGAAACGGAUUGUGCCGGUGCAGUUGUAUGCGAACUCCACCCUUCCAUCCGGUGAUGCUCCUGUGUAUGAUCCCUCUGCAGCGGCCGCCUUGCCACCUAGCGGAUCGAAUAUCUCCAAGGUUGAUGGUAGAAAGGGCCGAAGCGCGGGGAAGUUCCUCGGCGGAGUUGGAAAUAUCGGUUUAGCUCUUUGUCGAUUGGAGAUAAUGACCGAUAUCGUGCUCACAAGUGAAGGUUCACAGUACAGCCCCGAGCAAGAAUUCAAGAUUUCAUGGUCUGCGCCAGAAGAAGCAUCACCGAAUGCAACGGAGUCGGGAGAAGUGAAGGUUAAAGCUCUUGUGCCGCCCUGGCUGAGGGAGUAUAUCUCCUCUGAAGCGAGGAACAUUGCUCGCAAGGUGGACAAUCAGGAAGGCCACCGGGCAAAGGAGCUCUUAUAUCAAUUAGAGGAGGAAGAAGAGCAACGGCGGAAUGAGUGA